CAAGUGCGUGCUGCAUGCGCUCUUUUGGUCGGCUUUUGAAAGCCAAAACUAUAAACAUGCAUUUUUAUUACGGUUUACUAUUGUUGUGUUCAUGACAUGAUCAGCGGGUGAAAUUUUUAGCAAGAAGGUGUAGAUAAACAUUGAUACUUAAUAAACACUUCACGUUGUUCGGUACCCGGGGAAAGAUAGGAAAACCAAAACGAUGGCAGUCAACAUUGCGAUCACUGCGAAGCGGGCAACAGCGUCAACUGGUAGUGCCUUGCAGAUCCGGGACGAAGAAAUGCCCGAAGUCUCUCCCCCUCGGAAAUGGAAGCAACCCGAAUUGCGCGAUAAUCAGGUUUACAUACCCGGAGAUACGGUAAUGGAGAACGCCGAGGGUUGGAUGGACGGGCAUGGUUCUUACUGCUCUGUACUUCCCGAAAAGCGUGUGCAGAUGUUGGCUUCGGUUGCCGGAAUUCGCCAGAUCUAUACCAGGGUUGUUGUGAUUAAUCCUAUCCGAUCUCGUUAUAUCGGAGAGAUCGGUGACAUCAUUGUGGGGAGAAUAAUCCAAGUUGGCCGAAAGGCUUGGAUGGUUGAUGUUGGGGCGCAGCGCCAUGGUAUCCUGAAUUUAGGCGGCAUAAAUUUGCCGAGUGGUGAAUUGCGGAGAAAAACAGAAGAAGACAUUGGCUUUAUGCGAGGUUAUUUAAAGGAAGGCGAUCUGAUUAGCGCGGAAGUGCAGAAGACCGGCGCGGAUGGCCGAUUAGUCCUUCAUACGCGCAGUCUCCGUUACGGCCGCCUCGUGCACGGCAUGCUUUUGCAGGUGCAGCCAAAACUAACCCGCCGAGGUAAAGGCCAUUUUAUUUCCUAUGAAACAUUCGGAGUGCACCUUAUUAUCGGCGUGAAUGGUGCGAUCUGGAUUGCACCGACGCAGCGCCAACUCAAUAUACCUCUCGGACUGGAUCAAGGUGAGCAGGUUCGAACGAGCGGACAGCAGCAUUUCCCCGAAGAAGAGGAUAUCUACGUGCAGUUGACCGAUACCGAUGCUAAAAAGGUAUCCGUUAAGAUGGACGAUACAGGGCAGAUUCCCUCAUCCACGAAAUCUACUUCCGUGGCUCCUUUGGAGGUCCGCAAAUGUAUGGCUAGGAUACGCAAUUGUAUUGGCAUUCUGGAUAAUGAGCGAAUUCCAAUCAACCGGGAAACUAUUAGAAUUCUGUAUGAUGCUUCGAUGAAAUACGAAGCUAAAUAUUUGCUGCAGUCGCAGAUUGCGAAGGAAAUUUUUCUCAUGGCAAGAAGUGAAUUAGCCCAAGAAAUGCCGGGUGCGCAACGGGAUACGUGAUCCGCAAAUACAAGUACCUUUUACGCUUUCUUGGCGGUGAAUGUUGUUAUUGGGAAUUUAUUGGGCUAUAUGCAGUUUUUCGUUUAUGAAGAGUCAGUAAAACGAUUACACGAGUUUUUUUGUGCGUGCAGAUGUUCAGGGAUAAUCUUACUGUCUUUUGGCAGAAAUUCAGUAGAACCGAUUACUUUAGUUUCUUGUUAACGGGAACUUUUUGAAGCAGUGAAAUUCACUGUCAGCUCGACAGCCAGUGGCAUUUCUUGUACGAACCGCUCUCGCAUUUAGCGAAAUUAUCCGCGAGUGGCCUGAUCGUAACAUUUUGCCUGCAAUUGUUAACGUAAGGAAGCCUAUGAAAGUGUCGUUAGAGCGACUGCGACUAAUAAUAAUGACUGCCUAUGAAAUGAAUAUAAAUAGUAUUAUAAUAAUUAUUAUAUGUAUAUUACAUUAUUUUUUAAU